AUGCUCCUAACACUUGGUGGCCAUCCCUUACCCCUGAUUUUUGCGAGCUUGCAGCUGGACUUGACACCUGGGAUAUACCUGAAGCCGAACAUACUCUUGUUGGCCCAGCCCCUAAACCCGCUUUUGGAAACCCCCCCACUCGAGGACCCGGAUGUGCCACCCCUGCCGCUCACUGUUUACUGUCCUUAUAUGAUUUUUAUGUUUGCCCUAAAGACGGCAGAAGUCGAGACUCCUAAACCCCUUGUCCUCCCUCCGGACCCUAACUCCCCUCUCAUAGAUCUCCUGACAGAUGAGCCCCCUCCCUAUCAGGCUGGACCUGCCCGGCGACCCGCAGAGGCGGCGGCGGCCGCAUUGGCGGCCGCGACCCAGCCGUUAACAGAUACUAAGGUCUCCUCGACCAGCAGGACCCCGGGGGAAGACAAAGAAGAUGAGAUGUCGUCCCCCAUUGCCGGCCGCCUCCGCGGCCACCGGGAGGGACCCCCUACUGAGUCCCAAGCCUUCCCGCUCAGAGAAGGGCCGAACCAACAGCUCCAAUACUGGCCUUUCUCUGCUUCUGACCUUUACAACUGGAAACAACACAACCCCCCUUUUUCCAGGGACCCUGUUGCAUUGACUAACCUAAUUGAAUCCAUCCUGGUGACUCACAGGCCGACUUGGGACGAUUGUCAGCAGCUCCUGCAGACCCUCUUAACAGUAGAGGAAAAGCAGAGAGUUUUCCUGGAGGCCCGGAAGCAGGUUCCAGGCGAUGACGGGAGGCCAACUCAACUCCCGAAUGUCAUCGAUGCGGCUUUUCCCUUGACUCGCCCUAACUGGGACUUCAAUACGCCUGAAGGUAGGGAGCAUCUACGUCUCUAUCGCCAGUUGCUCUUAGCGGGUCUCCGAGCGGCCGCUAGAAGGCCUACCAAUUUGGCUCAGGUAAGGAAUGUGAUACAGGGAAAGGAAGAGACACCCGCUGCAUUUCUAGAAAGGUUGAAGGAGGCUUAUAGGAUGUACACUCCGUAUGAUCCAGAAGACCCAGGUCAAGCACCAGGUGUCAUCCUAUCAUUUAUCUAUCAGUCUAGCUCAGAUAUCAGAACCAAAUUGCAGCGGUUAGAGGGUUUACAGGCGCUAGGGUUGCCAGACCUAUUGAAGGAAGCAGAGAAAGUAUUCAAUAAGAGAGAAACUCCUGAGGAGCAUGAGGAAAGGAGAUGGCAGAAACAAGAGGAAAGGGAUAAGAAACAACAUAGGGAGAUGAAGAAGGUACUGGCCGCCGUUGUGUCUCAGGGACUGCGGAGAGAGGGAGAUAGGUCGGGAGAACGAAGGAGGCCACCCCUAGAUAAAGAUCAAUGUGCUUACUGCAAGGAGAAGGGACACUGGGCCCGAGAAUGCCCCAAGAAGCCACAAGGACCCCGCCGGCCCAAGCCCAAGACCGUGGACCUCCUUAGUCUGGAGGACUAGGGGGGUCGAGGCCAGGAGCCCCCCCCCGAGCCUAGGAUAACCCUCAAGAUCGGGGGGCAGCCCGUGACCUUCCUGGUUGAUACUGGUGCCGAACAUUCAGUCCUAACUCAUGCCGGAGUACCUCUUAGCCGGCAUUCUGCACUGGUGCAAGGGGCAACUGGAAACAAGAGAUAUUAUUGGACUAUCGAGAGAAAAGUCCAACUGGCUUCAGGGCAAGUAACUCACUCCUUUCUGCACAUACCUGAAUGCCCCCACCCGCUGUUAGGACGGGACCUACUAACCAAAUUAAAAGCGCAAAUCUAUUUUGAUGAGAAGGGACCGAGGGUCACGGGUCCUAAAGGAGACCCUCUACAAAUCCUUGCCCUCAAUUUAGAGGAAGAAUACCGUUUGUUUGAGUCAGAACCCCCGGAGAAAUCACCUGAGGAGCUACAGAACUGGUUGAGAGAGUUUCCUCGCGCCUGGGCAGAGACUGGGGGCCUGGGGUUGGCACGCGAUCAGCCACCGCUGAUGAUCUCAUUAAAGGCCUCCGCGACUCCCGUUUCAAUCAGACAAUACCCAAUGUCACGGGAAGCUCAUGAGGGAAUCAAACCCCAUAUCCGGAGGCUCCUGGACCAAGGGGUGCUGAAGCCCUGUCAGUCCCCAUGGAACACCCCUCUCUUGCCUGUUAGGAAACCGGGGACAGGGGACUACAGGCCAGUCCAGGAUUUGAGAGAGGUCAAUAAGCGGGUGGAGGACAUACACCCCACGGUGCCUAACCCCUAUAACCUUCUGAGCACCCUCCCACCGACCCACGUCUGGUACACGGUACUAGACCUGAAAGAUGCCUUCUUUUGUUUGAGACUACACCCUCAAAGUCAACUACUGUUCGCCUUUGAAUGGAGGGACCCAGAACAAGGGCUCUCGGGACAACUAACCUGGACCCGGCUCCCUCAGGGCUUCAAAAACAGCCCAACCCUCUUUGAUGAGGCCCUACAUGCAGAUUUGGCCGGGUUCCGGGUCGAGCACCCAACCCUGACCCUGCUCCAGUACAUGGAUGACCUACUCCUGGCAGCCAGGAGUCGAGCCGAGUGCCUGGAGGGCACUCGGGCCUUACUGGCCAGACUUGGACAGAAGGGUUAUAGAGCCUCGGCCAAGAAGGCUCAAAUAUGCCGAGACAAGGUUACCUACCUGGGCUACACCCUGAGCGGGGGGCAAAGGUGGCUAACAGAAGCAAGGAAGGAGACGAUAAUCUCCAUCCCCCCUCCUCAGAACCCCCGCCAGGUUCGAGAGUUCCUGGGUACGGCUGGGUACUGCCGCCUUUGGAUUCCUGGCUUUGCCGAACUGGCAGCCCCAUUAUACCCCCUCACUAAACCAGGGGCCAUGUUCCAAUGGGAAGAGGAGCAUCAGAAAGCAUUCCAACAGAUCAAGAAGGCCUUACUUGAGGCCCCGGCUCUGGGUCUGCCAGAUCUUACCAAACCCUUUGAACUGUUUGUAGAUGAGAACUCAGGCUUUGCUAAAGGGGUGCUGGUGCAAAGACUGGGACCUUGGAGGAGACCUGUGGCGUACUUGUCCAAGAAGCUGGACUCGGUGGCUACAGGAUGGCCUCCAUGCCUCCGCAUGGUGGCAGCCAUUGCCAUAUUACUCAAGGAUGCUGGGAAACUAACUUUGGGACAGCCGUUGACUGUGCUGGCUUCCCAUGCAGUGGAGGCCGUGGUCCGCCAACCUCCAGACAGAUGGCUUUCCAAUGCCAGAAUGACUUACUACCAGGCCUUACUACUGGACUCAGACCGGGUGAAAUUUGGACCGAUAGUCUCCCUUAACCCUGCCACCUUGCUACCGCUACCUAGCCCCUCCAAGGAACAUGACUGCCUCCAGAUUCUAGCCGAAGUACAUGGCACCCGCCCUGACCUGACAGCUCAGCCGCUUAAGGACCCCGACGUUGUCUGGUACACAGAUGGGAGCAGUUUUCUGGAAGAGGGGGAACGCAGAGCCGGGGCAGCUGUUACCACCGAAUCAGAAGUGAUAUGGGCAUCGUCGCUCCCGCCUGGGACAUCGGCCCAACAUGCAGAACUGAUUGCGCUUACGCAAGCCCUCCGGAUGGCAGAAGGUAAGAAGCUCACAGUUUAUACUGACAGCAGAUACGCCUUCGCCACUGCACAUGUCCACGGGGAAAUCUACAGACGGAGGGGUCUGCUGACAUCUGCGGGUAAGGAGAUCAAGAACAAAAAAGAGAUCCUAGACCUCUUAAAGGCCCUGUUCCUUCCGCUCCAACUCAGUAUUAUCCACUGCCCAGGGCAUCAGAAGAACGACUCCGCGGCGGCCAGAGGGAAUCGAUUGGCGGACCUGACUGCCCGAACAGUAGCUUCCCAGCCAGUAGAGAGCAGCCAGUUGAUGGCUAUCCAAGAACCACAGUCUGAGAGAGACCCCAUGCCCUAUAGCCCAGAAGACCAUGAGCUAGCAAAGAAAAUGGGGGUGGGCUGGGAACAACGGAGGCAAGCCUAUAUAUUAGGGGACCGGGUGGUCAUGCCAACCUCCCAUACCCGAUAUAUGCUGAGAUUCCUCCAUGCGUUGACCCAUUUGAGCAGAAACAAAAUAAAGGCCCUAUUAGACAGAGAAAACACCAGGACAGUGCUACUGAACCAGGACCGGGUGCUUCAGCAGGUAACUUCCACCUGCCCAGCCUGUGCCCAGGUCAACGCAGGACAUUGGGAAAUAGACUUUACAGAAAUAAAACCCGGACUCUACGGUACCGAAGUGGCCAAAUUAUUGGGGGUUAAUUGGAAACUCCAUUGCGCAUACCGCCCCCAGAGUUCAGGACAGGUAGAGCGAGCUAAUAGGACAAUUAAGGAGACUUUAACCAAAUUAACGCUUGCAACUGGCACUAGAGAUUGGGUGCUCCUACUUCCCUUGGCUCUUUACCGAGCCCGGAAUACUCCUGGGCCGCACGGCCUAACCCCUUUUGAAAUUCUAUAUGGGGCCCCACCUCCAGUCGUGAAAUUUCUCCAUCCUGAUAUCUCAUCUUUUGCCACCAGCCCCACUUUAGAGGCACAUCUACAGGCCCUCCAGCUGGUGCAGAAGGAGAUCUGGAAACCCUUGGCUAGAGCCUACCGAGAGCAGCUGGACAAGCCGGUGGUCCCCCACCCUUUCCAGAUUGGGGACUCCGUUUGGGUCCGGCGCCACCAGACUAAGAAUCUAGAGCCACGGUGGAAGGGGCCCUACACUGUCUUGCUGACCACCCCCACUGCACUCAAGGUCGACGGGAUUGCUGCAUGGAUCCAUGCCUCUCAUGUGAAGGCUGCCGGGGAGACCGACCCAGCAGGAUCCAGAGAAUCAACAUGGACAGUGUACCGCAUACAGAACCCCCUAAAAAUAAGGUUGGCCCGCGGCUCCUCUUCCUCCCCCUCUUCUUGCUCUCUGCCUACCCCCAGGGGACUAGGGCGGCAGAGAGCCCGCACCUAG